GGCGGGAGCGGGGGUGGGUGGUUUGCCUUCUGUGUCGGUGGGGAGAGGGAGCGGUGGGGGUCGGGCGAACCUCCCAGUGACUUCGCAGCCCCUCGGUGCCCGUGUCCCUGUCCCGUGUGAGGGCUGCCGGUGCCCCCCGCCCGGCCCUGCUCCGCCGCCGCCCCGCGGGAUGCGGGCACGGCCCUGUCCCCCGCUAGCCCUGUCCCCCCCGCCGGCCGCAGCAUGAGCGUGGCGAACGAUGCGUACGUCUUCAUAAAAGACAUAAAACCCGGACUGAAAAACUUAAAUGUCGUCUUUAUUGUGCUGGAGAUCGGGCGCGUCACCAAGACCAAGGACGGGCACGAGGUGAGGUCCUGCAAGGUGGCCGACAAGACGGGCAGCAUCACCAUCUCCGUGUGGGACGAGAUUGGCAGCCUCAUCCAGCCGGGGGACAUCAUCCGCCUCACCAAAGGGUAUGCAUCUCUGUGGAAAGGAUGCCUGACACUUUAUACAGGACGAGGAGGCGAGCUGCAUAAAGUUGGGGAGUUCUGCAUGGUAUACUCAGAAGUGCCAAACUUCAGUGAGCCCAACUCAGAACACGUUGGACAGAACAAACUGGGGCAAGGCGAACAGAAUAAUAGUUCUGCAUCAAGUAAUAUGGGUUCUUGUACUUUCGGGCCACUGGGAAAUGGUUUACAAACUGGACCUGAAUCAAGUGGAUUUCCAUUUACAUAUAAUCAUGGCCACUCUUAUGCAGGUAGUGGGAGAGGCAAUGGACGAGGACCUGUAAAUCCAGCAACUGCUAAUAGUGUUCAGCCUCUUCCCCCUGCUGUCAGUAAUGGGAGGGACCCACGCAGAGCCUUUAAAAGAUGACUAUGCCAAAUGUGGUUGUACAGCUUGCUUAAACUCUACACUCUACUUGAACACUUAUUGCACUUUUAUUUAUGGUUAACUGUGAACCAGUUUGUCUUUUUUUUUUACCUUUUGGUCUAUGGAGCAAACUUAAUGUGAUCUUUUUGUUUUGCUUAGGGAAGCACAGGGAGUCUUCCCAUAAAUUAAAGGGGUAGGGAGAAAAGGUGGAUAAUAGAGGGUGAGGGGUAAUGGUUUGAAGAGUCUCAAUUAAAACUCAAUGCCCUUUGUCAAAUGGAAGAAAAUUUCAGUAAUGUGUAUGUAUUUUUCUGUUUCUCUUGGUCAGCCAUAUAGCCUUAAAUGGUUUGUAAUAUCCUGUGUGCACAUACGUUGACUUCCAUUAGGGUUAGUGGGAGUUCUUCGUAUUGGAAGAGAAAUGAUGGAGAAGGGCAAAGAUGCCAUGGUGAACUAGGUGUCCUUAGAAUGAAUAUAGCUUGCAAAAGCAAUAAGUAUAAGGAAGUGAUGUUGUCAGCACUUUGUGAUGUCUCCUAAAUCAGAGUGAUAAACUCUGACAGAAGUUGAAGACCCUGGGAGUGUCUUGAGGCCUGACCUCUGAUUCCAAAAACCUGUAUACUCUUCUAAAGAAAAAUUUUCAAUAAUACACCAUUAUCAGUGUAAAGGAAAGCAACACUGAUUCUUUUUGCUUUGAACAGAAGCUUGGAAUUUUUGCUUUGCUUGGAAUAUGACAGAUCUAAAUUCAGGUAGCACUGGAGAAUUCUGUUAGUAGCUACUUCUGGUGUAAAAGCUCAAAGUUACCUUUACAGGACUCUGAAUCUCCAGGAAAGAAUGAGUUUCAGAACCUGUUCUCAAAUGCUGCAUUACAUAUCUCUUCAAUGAGGCUGCCUACUUUUCCUUCAUUCACUUUUCCAAAUGAAUUAUACAUUAGAUCAAGCUGGAUGUGUAGAUUGCAGAGGCAAUGGCCAAGCACACGGCUGCAGUUCUGAUGCUGUAAGCUUUUGUCCCUCUGUUUUAUAUGGAAUAGGAAUUAUCCCUUAGAGAACUUAACCCCCACCCCAAUCUCCCUGGGAGGGAAAUAGCUGUGGUUUUAUUUCUGAGACUACAAAUGUCUUGACUCUGGAUAUAAGAGUCCUGUGCCAUAUUUCAGAUCAGGUUUAAAAUACAACUUUGAAGCUGAGGUGUCAUACUGGAUUCAUCUGUUUAACUCUUCUUAUAGCUGACCUCUCAAAUAAAAAUUGCACUAACCAUUUCAAAAACAAAUCUAACUUUCUUUGUCAAGCCAAAAAGAUUCUGUGACAAAAGGCUAUUUCUGAAUUGCAAGUUGUCUCUGUUGUCAUCCACGUUAAUUGAAUAUACCCCUAAAUUACUGAUGUUUACAAGUUAUGUUUGAUAUGUUUGGUACUCAAUCAAAAUGAUUUGUUGACAGUUGCCUCUAAGGGACAAAGGUUCCUUGCUUAAUUCUGAAAUGCCAAUCUGUCUUUUAAGAGUAGGCAGCAGCAGCAACAAACAUCUGAAGGAAGCUCUAGGGAGACCUGUGUGCUGUUUGUCUCCAGUUAAAGUGCUUUCCUGAUGCUUGUUGCCAAAUUUGUCUUGCAUACAAGGGAGAGUGGCAUGCCUCCUGAGGUCACUCACUGGUGCUCUGAUGGGAGAGCAGUGGUAACUUGUGAACCUAAAGCAUGCAAUGAAUUCUGGGGAGGUGAUGUAAGGAAGUGUGUAACUCAGGGACUUUAAAUUGCUUAUGUAUUUAGAAAAAAACAAACAUGCAUAGAGUCUAGACAUAUGGAGAAGCUUUUACAUGUGUUGCAUUAAGAUGUUUGAUACACUUGUGAGAAGGAAGCCAGGAGGACUCCUAAACCUGUGAAGUACACUUGACGUGUUCCAAAGGUAAAUGAGAUGCAAUUGCAGUGUGAGAGCUGUGCUUUCCAGUCGUAGCUUUAACUGUAGUAAGUGAGCAGUACAAGUGAUAGCACGGUGGUGAUUUUGUAUUUGUUGGGAUUUCUCAGCUGUGGAUCUCCGCAGUCCCAGUGAUCUUGGUUUCUCGAUGCUAAUAAAGAAGGUUGAUUAUAGUGCUGAACCCAUUUUCAGUGUAUGCUAAGGUACCUGGUGUUUGCAGCUCUAUGCAUUUGGGCUUUUUAUUAAGCUAAUAAAUGAAGUUGCUCACAUUCAACAUUGAGGUUACUGCUGAUAAAUGGUGUAAAGUUUAAAUGUUUGCUGUCGAGUGGACAACUGAUUUGCAGUUGGGAGGAAAAAAGCAGAAGAGGCUGGUCUCCAUGUUUUCAAGGUUAGUAACAUUCCUGCCUUCAUGUUUCUCGUGUGAAACUAUUUCAGUUUAUUAAUAAAUUUUUACUUCUUUGCAGGGGAGAUCUGUGCCCUGAAAAGUCGCAUGGACUUAAAGUAAAUAAUCAUAGCAACUUUUCAAGGUUCCUCUGAGCUUCCUGUGAACCUAAUACAAAAAAGUUAUUUUCCUCAGAGGUAUCAGUGUCAAGAUAGAGAGCUCUCAACAUGCAGAGGCAUCUGGGAGCCUGCCUUGCAUCUGGAUUCUGUCACCUUGCUGCAUGGAGGCUUGCACAAAAACAUUUCCCUGUGUAAACAAGCAGUGGUCAUGAAUUACUUGGACACUACAAGCUGGUUUGUGGGGCCCACUGGUUAGGUCAGCAGGGAGUCUGUAACACAAGUCUUUAGGUAGAUUCCCCAACAGCAGCCCUACCUUUGUUAUUCUCAUUCUACAUAGUAUGGAUUGCUAAAGGAGAAACUUGGAAGGUGCUCAUUUGUCUAGACAAACCAGUCUGCAGUGCAGCUGACCAGUCAGGACACGCUUGAAUCACCUGGCAGCAUGUCAAGUCACACUAGUGCUGCUCUCUUCCCCCAUACCAAAGGGACUGAUCCAGACUUCAGCAAUAUUGCGGUGCAGAGUUUUGCAUGUGCUGAAGUCCUGUCUCAGCAUGAGUCUUUCCCCUUCCUUCCCAAAGUGGAAAAGCAGUCCUGUACUGUGAGACACCACCUAGCCUUGAACAUGUGCUGAGGCCAUGUGCUCUACAUACACAGGGACAAGGGCGGGAGGAGGGGGUGCUGAGUAAUGUGAAACCAGUGAUUAUGCAUCACAUGUCUCAGACUUGUGUUUACAAGUCAUCUGAAGAGCUUUGGCCUUCAGUUAAAACUGCCCAAGCUGCAGUCCUGUGCUGAUCUAAAGCGCUCCACAAGCACCAUUUAGAGUUUGGGUAUUUAGUGCUGCUUUUGCAAAGAUAUGUCAUGGGCUGUGUGAGAUCUUUCCUGUGUCAGUGAAGUCUGUACAGGUGACAGAAGUAUUCCAAGGAUGCCAGUCAUGGCCUGACAACUCAGCUUGUCUGUGAGUCCAAGUGAAUUUUUAUAGGCCCUAACGCCCAUGUUUUGCUCGUGGGCUGGUUGUGCCAUGAUCUUUCUCUAUAGCUAAUGCCCAUGCUCUCCCAAAACAAAGAGUUGUUGCCUGUUUUCAAAAAGGCAGUUUCCAUUGGUAGCUCCAUAAAUGCCUUGCUAGAACUAAGGAUUAGUAAAAAGCAAGUGGGGGGGGGUUCAAGCAUUUCUGCUGGAGCUUUCCUGCUGUGUUCUCAAUGGCCCAGUGCUUUCCCUGUUCCUCUUGCAUGGGUAUAGAUUUGCCCUGUUUUUCUCUAGCCAGUGAGCCAAGCAAGUCUUUGCAUGACCAAAUGCAAUCUGGAGAUGUUCUCCAGGGGAGCCCAGCGUGGCUCUGUGCACGCAGAGUUAGCCAGGGGCUUGCUCUUAACCAUCUCACCUUGAUCAACUUCAGGAGGUCUCCCCUUAGCUGAGCACCAGAAUGUCAGAGAAAGGUGAGGGCAGCUCUGGGUCCUGUGACCCACACCCCAUUUCAUCUGUGCAAAACCAUGCAGGGUGCAGCUGCCUGAGGGUCACUUCAAGAACUCAUUCAGAGAAGCACUUUCUGACUUGAGCCAUAGUCACGUUACUAAUUCCCUUCUCAGUUCCAGGGAGUUUGAGUUUGUUGCAGCCCUUUGUGGGGUUUAUAGUUUUUGAUCUGUUCUGUGCUGGGCAUCUGUGUGCAUAUGUAUUUUUAUAUGCAUGAACACGCAGCAUCUUGCAGUGGGGAUGGAAAAAAUCCUAAGCAAGCUGUUUACUAAACUGCAGAGGAUGGAGUUCAAAGGGAUUAGAAACUAAGUUUGGAAGUGACUAAGAGGAACAGUUAAGGACUUCAUUUAGCUUUUUAAUUUCUCCAAAUUCCUAACGUUUGUGUUGUUUGUUUUUUUUUUUCUCAGAAAGAAAGUAGUGUAGAUAUGAGCUGCUUCUACAACCAUGCUCCCAGCUGAUAAACAGGGGCCAGGUUCAUCCAUUUCCUAGGGAGAGAGAUUAGGAAAGGAGUAAAACAUCUCUGAUUUGUCAGAGCUCAGGAAGGAAAAUUCUCCUGUGCUGGAAACGUAUGUUCAGAGCUAGCUCUCUCCUGUGUGAACUGAAAUGGGGUGGGGUCUGUGCUGCUCAGGGAAAGUCCAAGGCACUGCAGCACUCCAGUGCUGUCCAGCUGCCAUGUGGUAGGGAAAGUGGUACGUAAAAGGCAAAAUCAGCUUAAAAAUUGAUAAGCAAGGUUUUAAAAUAGUGCAGCUGCAUGUUGCGGGACCCAUGGGGAUGUGUGAAUUCCCACUGCAUGUGAGCAUGGUUUGCCUUGGGCCCUCUGCAGGCAGUAGGAUCCCACCUGUGAAAGCAGAGGUGACGGGGCAGAGCUGCUGGGAGCUGAACUCAGCAUUGGUGUAGAAGCUGAACGCAAUGGAAAAGCUGAAAGCCACAGCCGAUGUGUAGGCUUUUCUUUCUGAAUCGAGAACUUUUAGUUGAAAUUGGGUGAACUUUGCAUUUUUUUCUCUUUUUUUUUUUUUUCCUAUUUUUUCUUCUUUGUUUUCUGAAGAGGAAGGAGAAGCCUCACAUCCUGCCAGGUGGGCUGCACAGCCAUUUGCAUCUGAUCUGUUCCACCUGGUGCUGCUGCUUGGGCUGGGCCCUUUGCAACAGGGCAGGCAAAGGGGAUGAUCUCAGACAUAUUCCUCCUCACUUGGGAAACCCUUGUAGCUGGGAUGCAGUGGGGAAAGGCCUGGAGCAGGAGGACUGGUGGCUUUGGCAGGUCGAUAUUUAAAACACUUGGGCAAAUGCUGUCAGGAGUGGCCUGGGGAGAGAGGGAAUGAUUUUGGCACAGGGCAAGCGAGAGGAUGCAUUAAAUGAUCUCCUGAAGCUCUCUCCACCGUUAUUUUCUAUGAUUUAUGCAUUAGCUUCAUUUUUGUAAUUUCCUCUUUCCUAGGUUGAUUAAUACUAAAUUUAAUUUUCUGUAAUCAACUUGAGCAUGCAACUUGAAGAGAUGAGGUUUAGGCUGAUUGCAGUAAAAAUCUACCCAUCCUGUCUAGCUUGAAUAAAGCAAAACUAUUU